GAGAACUAGACUACUGGAGUCCUAUAAAAGACCCAACAAUGGGGGAACUUCAAUUCAUCCAUUCUGAAACAUAGAAGUGUCCCUCUUAAUUCCUUGUUCCAAUUCCAAAGAGCAACAGUUUAGUACUCCAAAGUGUUACUAUAAAUUGUAUUUCUCAGAUUUCAGAAUGGAAGAAAUCAACAACACACCAAUGAACUCAUCAGAAACCAGCAAAUGGUUAUCUGAUUUGGAAAUGGAUGAAUACAAUUUAUUUUCUGAGGAAUGCAACCUUAAUUUCCUAGAUGCUGGUGAGGAAGAGUUUCUUUCACAUGACAUAGCUACUGUUUUUCAAGAACAACAAAACCAACAACCACCUUUGACUUCAGAGUCCACAGAUGAAACAAAUUUUGAGUUUUUUAACUUUUAUUUUGAAAUUGAGAGACCAAUCAAGCACAUGAAAACAACUAAUGACAGUGACAAAAUCACUGAAACUUUGUCACCAAAACUAUCUCCAUCAUCAUCUAACUCAUCAUUUCAGUCUCUGAUUCUUUCUUUUGAGAACCCCCCAAACUCACCUCCUACUAUCAACACCCCCCAAAUUUAUGGUUUUGACCCUACCUUGAACUCAAAACAGAACGAAACAGAGUCAUUGUCACCACCCCAAUUGGGAAACAGACAUGGCUCAUCUCAAAUUCCAAAAGGGUCAUCAAAAAAUGAAAACUUGGAAACAAAAACAUCACAAAACAAAAGGUCUAGAAAUCAUGGUCAUGAUCAUAUUAUAGCUGAGAGAAAAAGAAGAGAGAAACUCAGCCAAAGUUUCAUUGCUCUUGCAGCUCUUGUUCCUAAUCUAAAGAAGAUGGACAAAGCUUCUGUAUUAACUGACUCUAUCAAAUACAUGAAAGAGCUUAAACAGCGUUUGGAAGUUUUGGAAGAACAGAACAAGAAAACAGAAGCAGAGUCGGUGGUUGUAAUAAACAAACAAGAUCUAUGCAUCGGUGAUGAUAAUUCAUCAUGUGAUGAGAGUAUUGAAGGUGCUGAUGUUGAUGCCAAUGAAUCAGUCUUACAAGUGGAAGCAAGAGUGUCAGGGAAAGAGAUGCUGAUUCGGAUUCACUGCAAGAAGCACAAGGGAUUUUUGGUUAAAAUCAUGGCUGAAAUUCAAAGCUUUGAAUUAUUUGUUGUCAAUAGCAGUGUCUUACCCUUUGGAAAUUCUAUUCUUAACAUUACUAUAAUUGCUCAGGUGGGUGAAGGAUACAACUUGAGUAUAAAGGAACUUGUGAGGAAGCUACGCAUGGCAACGUUGAAGUUUAUGUCAUUAUAAUAACAUGAACAUGUGCACGAGUGGUAGCUGUUGAGCUAUCAGUAAUAGUAUAGACAAAUGGCACAACAUAGAUCCCCAGAUGAAUGCGAUGCUUUUGUGAUAAUGCUCCAGCGCACAGUUUUUCAGAAGAUUGAGGUUGAUUCUGUGUGAUAUUAUUGAGGGAUUUGGUAGGAAUAUGUUCAUCUUCACACCUUAAUUUAAUGGAUUUUGAUAAUAAAUAGAGAGAUUAGGAGUUGAAUUUUUGUGAUGACAUUUUGAUUGCUUCUCAUGUGCACAAUGUUUUCUUUUUUUGACUAAAGAUAUAGUAGAUUACUAUUAUUGUCAACCUCCCACGUUUGAAUAUUGGACGAAAACAAUAAUCUUAUUCUUGUAAUUCAA